AUGAAUGACUUCAACCUUCUUCAAAUCAUCACAGAACCAACACGAGUUACUGACAACACAUCAACACUUUUAGAUCACCUUUUUACAUCAGCCCCGCAUAGAAUACUAAGCAGUAAAAUUCCAAAAAUCGGACUAAGUGACCAUUACCCGACCUGUACUGUAUUUAAAGACAGCUUUGGUAGAAAGCAUUCACACAAUACCAUUAGAUAUCGUUGCUAUAAAAACUUUGAUGAAGAAAUAUUUUGCAAAGAUUUAGCUCAAAUCCCAUGGGAUAUUAUUGAUGUGUUUGAUGAUGUUGAUGAUGCUUUGGACGCGUGGUACAACCUAUAUCUUGAAGUGGUUGAUAAACAUUUAUCUUGGCGAGAAAAACGAGUAAAAUGUCAGAGACAACCUGACUGGAUGACAAAUGAAGCCAUGCAAUGUAUAGCACUGAGGAACCAUUUUAAAUCGUUGAAUGAUAUGGGAAAUUAAAAAACCCUCCGGAAUCGUUGUGUCUCGUUGAUUAGGAAUGCCAAGACAAACCACUAUCAAACUUGCAUUGAAAGUAAUAAAGGUGACUAGAAGAAAUUGUGGCAAUAUUUACGUGACGUAAUUCCAACAAAGGUUAAAUCUACUCCGUCAAGUUUGCGAGAUGACUCAGAUCAAUCUACUAUCACGGAUGCUAAAGGUAUGUGUGAACAUUUUAACAACUAUUUCUCCACCAUUGUAAUCCAAUACAUUGAAAAUCAAAAUCAUUCAGCUAACUUUGAUAAAUUAACGGAGAUGGUAAACUCAAAUGUUAACGAUGACGUAGCUUUCAGUAUUCCACCAAUAACUGACGAGGAAGUCUAUAGUCAUUUGCUUAACUUUGAAACACACAAAGCAACUGGACUGGACGGAUUAAGCCACAAGAUUUUAAAGAUUUCAGCAAAUUUCAUAACCCCAUCAUUAACAAAAGUAUUUAACAAUAGUUUGUCAGCUGGCGUAUUUCCAACGAUAUGGAAAGCAUCAAAGAUCAUCCCAGUUCAUAAAGCUGGUCCUUUAUCUGAUGUCCAUAACUUCAGACCCAUAGCAAUACUUUGUGCUGUCAGCAAAAUACUGGAACGUCACUUUUACAACCAUUUUUAA